CUGUGUGUGCUCAUGUGUAGUACAUAUCUGGAUCAAAGGUGUCUAUAUAAAGUCCUUGAAUCUGUGUGGGUUCAAACACAUUUCAAAGGUUCAGGAUCCUGAAAGGUUUCGCUCUGCUUCCUGAAGACCCGCCGGCUCCCAUAAAGCCAUGGCUCGCCUUGAGCUCCGGAGACACCAAGUUCAGCUGUGGCUGCUUCCCAAGACCUGGCCCUGCUCUGCUCUUCUCUCUCUCCUCGUCAUGCCUGUCUUCUCUAAAGCGAUGCACGUGGCCCAGCCUGCCGUGGUGCUGGCCAGCAGCCGGGGUGUCGCCAGCUUCGAGUGUGAGUACGCCUCUUCGCACAACGCCAAUGAGGUCCGGGUGACGGUGCUACAGCAGGUGGCCAGCCGGACCACCGAAAUCUGCGCUGCGACCUACACAGUGGAGAGGGAGCUGGCCUUCCCCGAGGACUCAGCCUGCGCCGGCACCUCCAGCGGGACCAGAGUGAACCUCACCAUCCAAGGGCUACGGGCCGCGGACACCGGGCUCUACAUCUGUAAAGUGGAGCUCAUGUACCCGCCGCCAUACUUUGUGGGCACGGGCAACGGCACCCAGAUUUAUGUCAUCGAUCCAGAACCGUGCCCAGAUUCUGACUUCCUCCUUUGGGUCCUUGCAGCAGUCAGUUCGGGGCUGUUUUUUUACAGUUUCCUCAUCACAGCUGUGUCUUUGAGCAAAAUGCUAAAGAAGAGAAGCCCUCUUACCACAGGGGUCUAUGUGAAAAUGCCCCCCACAGAGCCAGAAUGUGAGAAGCAAUUCCAGCCUUAUUUCAUUCCUAUCAAUUGAGAGAUCAUUGUGGAGAAGAAAGAACAUACUUUGAUUUCUAAGAGCCGAAGCAAUUCUAACUCUUUUUCCUCUCCAGCUAUUUUGUUUGUUUGUGUAUUUUGGGGGGAAUUCAUCUCUCUUUAAUAUAAAGCUGGAUGCAGAACUCAAAUUGAACAUGCUACAAUGUACAGCAGAGGAGCAGGAAAGCAGAGCGAGAGUGUUUCUGUCACAUCAAAUCCAAUUUUAGUAAAAGCAUUUAAAGGGAAGAGUUGGAGGAGGCAGCAUUAGGAGGCAAGGCCAGGGAGAUGAGCCUGGGAAUGACACGGUCCCCAGAGAGGGAAGGAAGGGAGCAGGGAGGGAACUGUUGUACACGUCAUCUAUUCACCUGUGAGAUGUUUAUAGCUGAGUUGAUUUUUACACUUCUUUUUUUUACAUUUUUAUUUUUCAUACCAUAUGUAUAAUUAUAUGAGGGUCUAAAAAGUAUUCACAUGGCUAUGUUUUAGUCAGUGAUUCCAAAGGUUGUAUUGUACCAAUAUGCAUUUUUAUUAGUAUUGUGUAUGGGGAUCACAUGUGCUUGAGUGUGUUUGCUGAGGAUUUGAAUAUAAACACUAUGCGGCAGUGUCUUCCCACUGGGGCUUCUGGGGAAGUUCAGCAGAUGAGCUCAGGACACUAAGAUGUCAGGGAGAAGGCGGGGUCCCCUCCUGGCUGGUCUGGAAAUGGGGUGCAGUUGUUGCAGUACUCAGUUGUACUGAAUUGGUGUUGGCAUGAGCUUUGGACCUACAGAAGCUCCUAUCGGUGACACGGUGAAGCUGGGGUACCUGUGUUAACUUGAUGGAACACUGUUGUCAAGACAGUGACCCCCUUCAGGACACUCACAGGGACCCGUCCCGGAAACUCCAGCCCCAUCAGCUGAAUUCCUACCCACGUGGCCAGUGCCACAGGUGGAGGACCACAGCAAGAGCCAGCAUGGGGCACACAGGUUUUUCUGAAAAUGAACACUGUUGGUGGUGUUUUUUUUUUAACUCAAUAUUUUCUAUGAAAAUGAAAACAAAUGUAUAAUAUUUGAAAUUAAAUAAAUGUCUUUGGAAGUUG